GUCCCUGGAUGCCCCGCGGCGCACUGUCCUCCGCCGCCCAGUGCUUCCCAAUGGCCGGGAGUUGACCCCGCCCACCAGGAUGACGCUGCGCGAGCAGCUGAGAGAGAAGAUCUCGGCGGCCUUCUACCGCCACGGGCUGCUGUGCGCCUCCUACCCAGUGCCCAUCAUCCUCUUCACCUCCGCCAGCAUCCUCACCUGCUGCUAUCCGUUAUUGAGGCUUCCCCUGCCUGGGACGGGUCCUGUGGAGUUCACCACAGGGGUGCGAGACUACAGCGUCCCUUCCCAUGAGCCUCAGGGAGACCUCGGAGAACGGCCCGACUGGUAUCGGGGUCCUCCGGUUGCCUACAUCCAGCAGGUGUUGGUGAAGGCAGCCGUGUCUCCGUGGGACAGCAGCCUGGUGCCAGUGGACGUGUUUCGGUCGCCACUGGGUCGAGUCUUUAGCCUGCUGGAGGAGAUCCGUAACCACGUCCACGCUGACAGCUCCGGGGUUCGCAGUCUGGAGACGUUAUGUCUCCAGGUGACAGACCUGUUUCCAGGGUUACGGCGGAUGCAGUCUGUGCUUCCAGAGCACGGCUGCCUGCUCGUCUCUCCCGGCAACUACUGGCAGAACCAGCGGGAGCUGUUCGACUCGGACUCCGACCUCCUCAAGACCAUCCAGAAGCACGAACCCAAAGGCCUGCACACCUCGGCCACACUGCGAGACCUGCUGUUUGGCGUCCCUGGAAAGUACACAGGUGUCAGUCAUUACAACAGGAAGAGGGUGGUGACGUACACGAUCACUGUGGUGUUGUCCAGCUACGAUGCGAGGUUCCUGAGCAGCCUGCGGGCGCGCCUGAAGCAGCUCCACCCGUCAGCCAACUGCAGCCUGAGAGACGACCACAUGGUUCACGUCCACUUCAAGGAGGAGAUCGGCAUCGCUGAGCUUAUCCCGCUCGUCACCACAUACAUCAUCCUUUUUGCCUACAUCUACUUCUCCACACGUAAGAUUGACAUGGUGAAGUCUAAGUGGGGCCUGGCUCUGGCUGCUGUGGUCACGGUCCUCAGCUCUCUGCUCAUGUCUGUGGGGCUGUGUACACUGUUUGGACUGACACCCACACUCAAUGGAGGGGAGAUUUUUCCUUACCUGGUGGUGGUGAUCGGCCUGGAGAACGUCCUGGUUCUCACAAAGUCCGUGGUCUCCACACCCGUUGACCUCGAGGUCAAACUCCGCAUUGCUCAGGGCCUCAGUAAUGAGAGCUGGUCUAUCAUGAAGAACAUGGCCACUGAACUGUGCAUCAUCCUCAUCGGAUAUUUCACUCUGGUGCCAGCUAUCCAGGAGUUCUGUUUGUUCGCUGUCGUGGGGCUGGUGUCUGACUUCUUCCUGCAGAUGUUCUUCUUCACCACAGUACUAUCUAUAGACAUCCGCCGCAUGGAGCUGGCUGACUUGAACCGCCGCCUGCCGGCCGAAGCGGGGCUGCCUCCGCCCAAGCCGGGCCCGCUGCGUACACGCGAGGUGCCCCCUCCACCGCGACCCUCCCCCCACACGAUCACCCUGCAGACCCCGGCCUUCAGGAACCUGAGGCUCCCCAAGAGGCUGCGCGUGGUGUACUUCCUGGCCCGCACACGCCUGGCUCAGCGGAUCAUCAUGGUUGGCACGGUGAUCUGGAUCGGCAUCCUCGUCUACACCGACCCAGCCGGGAUCCGCACCUACCUGGCCGCGCAGGUAUCUGAGCAAAGCCCUCUGGGAGAUCCCGGAGGGGGCGGCCUGCCUCCUCACCUGGGUGUGGCCCCCGUCUUCCGUGGAGGAGAUCCCACCAGCACCCUCAGUAUCCACCCCGCGCCGGAUCCGACUCCCUUACCCGAGAACCAAUCACAGGGCCACCACGGCUCGGCCAGGGCGGGGCCCCUCCCCCAGCCCCCGCCUGCGGUGCCUCAGAUCACCUGGGGGGCGGAGGACGAGGAGGGUUGGAGGAGACUGUCCUUCAGGCACUGGCCGUCACUCUUCAGCUACUACAACAUCACUUUAGCCAAGAGGUACAUCAGCAUCCUGCCCGUCAUUCCCGUCACCGUUCACCUGAGCCCCCAGGAGGCCGUCGAGACGCGCCACCCUCAGGACACAAGACAUCCUCCGCCAUCCAUUCCCAAAGUCUCUGCAGAUCUACAGACGGACCUCACCCUGUACAAGGUGGCAGCUCUGGGCCUGGCGGCGGGCGUCCUGCUGGUCCUCCUGCUCUUCUGUCUCUACCGCGUUCUCUGCCCACGUAACUACGGACAGAACGGCGUGGCCCACGGGCGCCGGCGCCGUGGGGACCUGCCCUGCGACGAUUACGGCUACUCGCCGCCCGUCAGCGAGAUCUCGCCGCUGCUGCUGAGGGGCCACAGCAUGGACAUCGAGUGUUUGGCCAGCGACGGGAUGCUGCUGGCGAGCUGCUGCCUGGCCGGACAGAUCCGUGUCUGGGACGCUCAGACUGGGGACUGUCUGACCGUCAUCCCAAACCACGGGCUGAGGCGGAGCAGCAGCAGCAGUGGUGGCUGCUGGGAGCAGCGGGAUGGCUGGGACAGCAUGAGCGGCGCCGCAGACCCCGAGGUUUUAGGCUCUGAGGGCUGCGACCGCUCCAUCGGCGGUGACGGCCUAUCGGAGGACGAGGGCUACCCGCUGAGACGCCGCACCGCUCCCGCCCGGCCCACCCUGUUCACCGACCAGCCCGAUCUCACCCCGCUCAUCGACACCAACUUCACCUGUCAGCCGCCUUCGCACCUCUCCACGCCACCCAGGGCAGGGUUUGACUUUGGAGGUCUGGUGGAGCGCGCCUACAUGGAGCACGAGCCUCCCUCGCCCUCUGCCUACCCCUCUCCUUCCUCGGCCUCUUCCUCGCCACCCUCAGGAGCUAAACUCCAAAGAAGACCCAGCUUAGGGGACGCCGCCGGCCCCUUAACCCAGGAGAGGGCCUCUUCAGCCGGGACGCAGGCGACGGCGGACUGGGAAAGCUCCGUCUGGGCCAUGGAGCUGAGAGGAAAUCUGAUAGCUGCUGGGAGGAGCAGCGGUAAACUGGAGCUGUGGGAUGCCGUGGAGGGGUCGUUACGUUGCAGUAAUGAAGACGGCGUCUCGGGGAUCACGGCUCUGGCCUUCCUCAACAACAGAAUCGUAGCGGCUCGACUGAACGGGUCUCUAGAUUUCUUCACUGUUGAGAUAAACAAACCUCUGGGUCUGCUGCAGUACAGAGGUGCCCCUGGGCGGGGCAGCAUGCCUCCGUCUCCCUGUUACAGCAGCGAGGAUGUGAUCAGCCUCCAGCUCACGCGCUCCAUACAGUGUGCUCACCAGAAGCCGAUCACGGUGCUGCGAGCGGCCGCCGGGCGGGUCGUCACCGGCAGCCAGGACCACACAGUCCGGGUUUAUCGUCUGGAGGACUCGUGCUGCCUCUUCACCCUGCAGGGUCACUCUGGAGGGAUCACAGCCAUCUACAUAGACCAGACGAUGGUUCUGGCGAGCGGCGGGCAGGACGGCGCCAUCUGCCUGUGGGACGUCCUGACUGGGAGCCGGGUCAGCCAUGUUUACGGUCACCGUGGCGACGUCACCUCGCUGGUCUGCACCACCUCUUGUGUCAUCAGCUCAGGACUGGAUGACCUCAUCUGUAUCUGGGACCGCAGCACUGGGAUCAAGCUCUACUCUAUACAGCAGGAGGUGGGAUGCGGGGCCAGUCUGGGAGUGAUCUCCGAGUCCCUCCUGGUGACGGGGGGCCAGGGCUGCGUCUCCUUCUGGGACCUGAACUUCGGGGACCUGCUGCAGACGGUCUACCUGGGCCAGAGCAGCGACGGGCAGGGCGUCCGGCAGCUGCUGGUGCUCGACAACGCCGCCAUCGUCUGCGACUUCGGCAGCGAGCUGAGCCUGGUGUACGUGCCCUCGGUGCUGGAGAAACUAGACUGAGGGAGGGAUGGACGGCAAAGGUCGACGAUGAUGAUGAUGAUGCCUCCUCCCUUCAUUGGCAGGCUACAAUCUACGCAGGCUGUAGUAGUGGAGGUAACUUAUUUACUAUUUUGUAACACAAAAAAGCGCAAGACUUUGUACUAAUUUUCAAAUAAAGAGGCUUUGAUACCACA